AUGGCGGCCGCUGCGAAGAACGUGCAAGAAAUCCGUAAUCGGGUGAUUUUGGAAGAAUUCGGUGUGAAAAAUGUUCACACCACUGACUUUCCGGGAAACUAUCCCGGCUACGACGACACGUGGGACUUCGGCAGGUUCCAAAAGAACUUCACCAUCACAUUGGUUCAACUGGACGAGAACAAUAUGGAGUUUGACAUGGUUGGCAUAGAUGCAGCCAUUGCCAACGCCUUUAGAAGAAUCCUUUUGGCGGAGGUCCCAACUAUGGCUAUAGAGAAGGUGUUUAUCUACAACAAUACGUCUAUUGUUCAGGAUGAGGUGCUGGCCCAUAGACUUGGGCUCAUACCUAUCAGAGCAGACCCUCGCCUGUUUGAGUACAGGAACUCAGGUGAGGAAACUGCUGCAGAGGAGGGCUCAGAAAUUGAUACAAUCCAGCUUCAACUGAAGGUGAAAUGCAGUCGAAACCCCAGGGCCAGCAAAGAUUCUUCCGAUCCCAGAGAGCUCUAUCUGCACCACAUGGUUUAUUCUAGUGAUCUAAAGUGGAUGCCCAUUGGAAACCAGGCAGACGUGUUUGCAGAAGCUGUUAUUGGACCAGUGCAUGAUGAUAUUCUAAUCGCACAGCUGAGACCAGGACAGGAGCUGGACGUUGUCAUGCACUGUGUCAAAGGCAUUGGUAAAGACCAUGCCAAGUUUUCGCCUGUGGCCACAGCCAGCUACAGACUGCUCCCAGAGAUCACGUUGAUGGAGCAGGUGGAGGGAGAGCAGGCAGAGCGACUCCAGCGCUGCUUUUCUCGCGGAGUCAUCGGGCUAGAAGAGUGCAAUGGGGAGAAGGUUGCCAAAGUAGUGAACAGUCGCCUGGAUACAUGCAGCAGAGAGGUUCUCCGACAUGAAGACUUGAAGAACUUUGUGAAACUUGGACGUGUUCGAGAUCACUUUAUCUUUACUGUUGAGUCAACUGGAAUCCUCCCCCCUGACGUCCUUGUGACAGAGGCUAUUAAAGUGCUCAUGAGCAAGUGUCAAAGGUUUCUCAGUGAACUGGAUUCCACAGAAAUGGAUUAA